AUGGAGCUGCGGAAAGAAGUAAAGAAGAAACAAGGAUCCAGCGAGGAUUACGUGAUGAAUGCACUCGCUACUCGUCUACCAGAAUUCGAUCAGAACCCGAACCCGAACACGGACACGAUCCACUUUCUAAUGAAGCUCAUGGAAUUAUGGAAGUCUUGUCGAGAACCCAUAGCUGAACUGACGAAGCAAGAAUCCAACGAAGAGUACAAAGACUACUUGGAACUGCAGAAUCACAUACAGAUGAUCGACAAAGCCAAGGUACCUCAGGGUUCCGUGUGUGGGGGAAAGGUGCAUGACUACUUGGUGCCCAUAAGCAACAUUGCAUCGGAAGUGCUGACGAGGGCAGGUUUUGGACUGGCUUGUCGAGGAGUGGCAACGCUAUGUGGAAUUCCGCGCAUACGAGUUACGAAGUUUCGCAUGUGUACAGCAGCCCACUCCAAUAAUCGUCCUAUGCAAUAA